GAGAAACCAUUCAGCUGCUCUGAGUGUGGGAAAAGAUUUGACCACAAAGGGAGUCUCAACAGACAUUUGAUGACUCACACAGGAGAGAAAUCAGUGAGCUGCUCUGAGUGUGAGAGAAGAUUUAAGCAGAAGGGAAAUCUGAAGCAACAUAUGAAAACCCACACAGGAGAGGACAGGUUCAGCUGCUGUUUUUGUCACCGGAGGUUCACUUUGCUUUCUUGCCUCAGAAACCAUCAGUGUUUAGGAUCUCAACCAACCAGAUACAGGUUGCUGCCACGUCCCCCCAGUGAUGAUGGGAAGGAGACCAGAGAGACCCAGUCAGCUGUACACUCUCUGAGAAAUGAUGAAACCUCCGACAGUUUUCAUGGGUGUGAUGUCUGGACGUGUCCUGAACCUCAGACUGAGGUCAUUAUUGAUGGCUCGGAGACUGGAGAGCCUCCGUCAGACAUCCAGCAGCUGGUGGGUCAGGACCAGGUUCCCGCUCAGCAGCUGGAGUGGAGCUCCAGUGACGAUGAAGAGGAGAAGCCUCAGUCCUCACAGCGGCACCAGAGACUCACUGUGCCUCAGCCAGCUUCAAACUCUCCGAAGGAAGAAGUCGUCGCCGUCAGAGAUUCAGAGAAACCGUUCGGCUGCUCUGAGUGCGAGAGAAGAUUCAGCCGGGUGUUAGACCUGAAGAUACACAGGAGAUAUACUCAUCCGAGAGAGAAACCUCACAGCUGCUCUGUCUGUCAGAAAACUUUCACGGAGAAACUGACAUUACAGAAACACAUGCGAAUUCACACAGGAGAGAAGCCUCACAGCUGCUCCGUCUGUCUGCAGACAUUCAGGUGGUACAGUCAGCUUCAGAGCCAUCACUGCGGAGGAUCGAAACCAAUCAGGACCCGAGUCCUGCUGCCCCGCCCCCCCAGCGAUGAGCAGGUAGUGUUUGUGUACGUGUAGGUGUCACAUGAUC